CAGCAAGCAUGGAACAUCCCAGAGAGACGGUAUCUGAAUUUGUUGUCACCCGCCGCUUAUUAAUAUAACCUGCAAAAAGCACCGAAAGCACACAAGUGAGAGUUUCUGAAUUUGUGGUUGUGGUCAGUACCCACCGCUUCGAUAUAGUAUGUAUUAAUAUUAACACAAAUUAAAAAACAUAACUUGGAUCCAUUGCAGCAGCAGCAGCAGCAGCAGCAGCUAGCUUCUAAAAGAAUGAAGUUAGAAGUGGAGGUAAUCUCCAAGGAAAUGAUCAAACCCUCUUCUCCAACCCAGGACCAUCUUCGUCACUAUCCACUCUCUUUUCUCGAUCAAGUCUCUCCCAUGGUGUAUAACCCUAUGGUUCUCUUUUACUCUUGCUACGGUAUCACUCAAACUCAAUUCACCAUUUCCGAAAAGCUGAAGAAAUCUUUGUCUGAUGUUUUAACCCAUUUCUACCCUCUUGCCGGGCGAGUCAAUGGGAACAGUACUUUCAUAGACUGCAACGACGAGGGUAUCCCCUACUUAGAAGCAAAAGUGAAGUGCAAAGUUGUCGACGUUAUUCACAAACCAGUUCCAGGAGAACUCAACCAUUUGGUUCCAUUUCUACUAGAUGAUAUCACCAAUAUCACAUUUGGUGUUCAGCUUAAUGUUUUUGAUUGCGGCGGUAUUGCAAUCGGAGCUUGCCUUUCUCACCAGAUUGCAGAUGGUCUGUCAUUUUUCAUGUUCCUCAAUUCUUGGGCAGCAUUUGCUAGUAGGGGGGAACAAGCUGUGUUGCCAAACCCGCAGUUUAUUUCAGCAAAGCUCUUCCCACCGAAAAAUAUAUCUGGAUUUGAUCCUCGAAGUGGCAUCAUUAAGGAGAACAUCAUCUGCAAGAUGUUUGUGUUUGAUGGGUCUGUUGUUGAAAGUCUUAGAGCAAGAUAUGCAGCAACAAGCUUUGAAAACGAGAAGCACCCUACCCGAGUAGAGGCUUUAUCUGCUUUCAUUUGGAGUCGUUAUGUGGCUGUGACUGGUCCACAGAGAACAUAUGCUGUGGUUCACGCAGUGAACCUUCGUCCAAAGAUGGAACCACCACUGCCUCCAGAUUCCUUUGGCAAUUACUACCGAAUCUCUUUGACGAUUCCCUCGUUGAACACUGAAGAGCACCUAGUGAAACAGGCAAGGGAUCAGAUAAAGAAGAUUGACAAGGAUUAUGUGAGAAAACUUCAAUAUGGAAACGACCAUUUGGAUUUCCUUAAGGAUAGCUCAUAUAGAGUGCUUCUGAAGGGGGAACUAGUCCCAUUUAAUAUUACUAGUUUGUGUAGGUUUCCUCUCUACGACGCUGAUUUUGGAUGGGGAGAACCAACAUGGGUAGGUUCACCUGCUUUAACUUUUAAAAAUCUGGUUGUCUUUAUAGACACAAAGAAUGGCGGUGGCAUUGAGGCUUAUGUUAGCUUAAAGGUGGAGGACAUGACAAAGUUUGAAGCAGAUGAGGAGUUACUUGCCUGUGUGAGUAAAGCACGGGUUUGUUGAUGCAUGCAAUGUAAUUAGUGUUGAAUUAAGUAUUGAAUCAGUCAUGACAAAAGGUGUUAUUUUGAAUUUAAUUACUAUGAUCAUAUCUUACAUGGACUGUAAUUUGAAUA